CUGCUGGUGCGAUUACCUCGAGUGUGUUUCGUCCGCGGUGGUUCGCUAGCUCCGAAGCUAGCUGGCUCUUGUUGAGUGUCGGGCUACAGCUGGGAUGAGGAAGGGGGCGGACGGAGGCCAUACUGACCGAGUUGCAGACCUGAAGCAUACAGAGAAACACACCAGACCACAACAGACCAGACGCUUUCUUCCCUUUCUUCCCAGCCUCUCAGGCUGCUUUCCCCCAGCACACUGUGAUCACCUCCCUCAGCAGUGUUUUAUUGUGCUGACCAACCCAGACCAGUGGGACUGGACAGGAGACCAGGAGGUUCCCACCACUGGAGCUCUAAGCUGUGCCUGGCGAUGCCUCAGCCCAGCGUCAGUGGGAUGGAGCCUCCCUUUGGGGACGACUUUCAGAACUACUCGUUUGCUGACCAGGCCCUAACCAGCACUGAGCUGCUGGCCACCAGCUCUGACCCAGAUUUCAUGUACGAGCUGGACACAGACAUGAGCCACCAGCAGAGUCCCUGUGGGGACAGCGUUGUGGGCAUUGGAGAUGGAGGCAAAGAGGUGGAGGGAGGCGUGGAUCAGCUCAUGGGCCUGGGCGACUGUGAGACGGUGUGCAGCAGCUCAGCGUUCGAACAGUGGGACUCAUACUGGGAAGACCUCACCAGAUACACACGGCUGGCCAGCUGUGACAUCUGGGGAACCAAAGAGGUGGACUUCCUUGGACUGGAUGACUUCUCCAGUCCCUACCAGGAUGAGGAGGUGAUCAGUCGAACCCCAACGCUGGCUCAGCUCAACAGUGAGGAUUCACUGCCUGUCUGUGAGAACCUCUACCCUCCCGCUGACCUAACGCUUCCUUGCAACCAGCCGCUCCCCUCUCAAAACAAGAGACUCCAGGGAUCGGGCGCCAGCUUGGUGCAACCAUCUCCGUGCUCCGCAUCCUCUUCCCAAUCCCGUCCUUCCAGAAGCCUUUUCGCAGACUUUCCUGAAAGUUCCCAAAAAGCAACCAGACCUGUUCCUUCAAGCACCGAGACUAUGGCUAAAACCCAGAACCAGGACCACACCCAAACUCAACCCAAGCCUCCGGGACGAGGGGCCAAGAUCGCCGGUCCAACAUCCAACCACGCCGACUUUGUGCGGAAAGCUAAAGUACGCGUGAGCUCUGCACCCAGAGCUCAAAGCGAAGUGAUGCCCCAGACCGAUUUUGAGAGGUCGGAUCCUCCUCUACCUCUCUCCCAGCCUCAAGACGAGAAGCCCUCCACUUCAGCAAGUGCCACUCAGGUGGCCCGUCCCACCCCUGUAGCCAGCACCUCAGCUAGCUUGGCAAGCUUUGAGAAGAAAGCAGAGGGGGCAACGCGGAGAGAGGUGCCUGUAGGAAGGUCAGCUACUGUGCCUCAGCUGGUGGAGGCGAACCAGACUCUGUGCGCUCCAACCGAUGCUGUGGCAGGAGCAUGUAGUGCAGGCGGCGGUGGGGUUUUAGUCGUCGAAGACCCAGAGCAGAGCAAGGAGGAAGAACACAACUACUCUCUGUUCCUGACCCGCAGCAGAGCUCAUUCACAGCUGGAGGAAGAAGACGAGGAGGAAGACGACGAGGAGGCAGAGGAGGACGAUGGUGACGGGCUUGACUUAGACGAUGAAGACCACGAUGAGGGUUUCGGCAGCGAGCACGAGCUGUCUGAGAACGAGGAGGAGGAGGAAGAGGAGGAGGAUGAAGACUAUGAGGCAGACAAGGAUGACGACAUGAGUGACGCCUUCUCCGAGCCAGGCUGUGACAUGGAGCUGACAGAGGACAUUAAAGGCCUGACGGCUGGAGUCUCCAGCCGUAAACGAGGCAAGCGUCGCUACUUCUGGGAGUACAGCGAGCAGCUCACCCCCUCCAAACAGGAACGGAUGCUGAAGCCCUCUGAGUGGGACAGACACACGCUGCCGAGCAACAUGUACCAGAAGAACGGGCCUCUCCAUGGAAAAUACAUGCUAAAGAAGUCUCGGCGCACAGAUGUGGAAGACCUGACUCCCAAUCCUCGCAAGCUUUUACAGAUCGGCACAGAGCUUCGCAAGCUGAACAAGGUGAUCAGCGACCUCACCCCCGUCAGCGAGCUGCCGCUGACUGCACGGCCACGGUCUCGCAAGGAGAAGAACAAGCUGGCGUCCAGGGCUUGCCGUUUAAAAAAGAAAGCUCAGUAUGAAGCAAACAAAGUGAAGCUUUGGGGACUCAGUACAGAGUACGAUCGGCUACUGUUUGUGAUCAACGCCAUCAAGGAGGAGAUAAUGCUGCGAGUGGAGGACUCAUCUCCCGGCUCAACCAACAUGACUGAGACUCUGGAGCGGCUCAUCGAGGAGACGCUUGUGCCAUCGCCUGUUGCUGGGCAGACUUCGGACUUUGUCAACAAGAUCUUGGAGAACACAGGACGCGGUGAUCCCACAGGAGGACUGGUCGGCCUGCGAGUACCCACCUCUAAAAUGUAGACAAAGCUUCUGUCCACCAAGAAGAGUGGACUACAUAUUACCACCGUGCUGUCCCGCUGUAACUAUCCUCCCCUCUGCAUGCCCCUACAGCUCAGAGUAGACACUCAUCGCCAAUCACUCAAACACAUAUACCACCUCCCUGUGCGUAAGUACGUGUGCUUGUUAUUGCCAUGCGGCUGUAUGGCACAAACCCUGGCUUUUUCACUGUCUCCCCAACCAUGGUGACCGACUGUUGGGAGAAGCACGUCCAAAAGCAAGUGGUGGUAAGGUAUAUCUGUAACAUCAUGUUCUAAAAUCCUAUGGUGAUUGUUAGAUGUGCAUAAAGUGGCCCUCUGCAGGCUUUAGGGACUGAGACUCACACGAGCAUAACCACUGGAACACUUUGUUUGAGGUGGUAAUAAACAGAGGGAAUGUUGUUACAUGCCAGAAACAAUCACCGGUUGAAGAAGCAUAAGUUAUCAUUUAUAUGAGGAGCUUUAUCCCAAAAAGCAAAAAAAAAAAAAAAAAACUAGAAGUUCCUGGAUGUUAAAUUGACCCCUUCACUGAAGCACUUUUACAAAGACAGUUCUGGUAGCCAAGAGAGCUGCAGAGGAGAAAAAAAAAGCAGGGUGGCAGGAAAUGUUUGUGACUGAAGGCCUAAAUCAAAUUCACGCCAUCCCCUGUUUGCCAAUCAGCUCAGCUGCUUGUGAAAACAGGUUUAACAUAUUAACGCAAGAUAUAAAAACGAAGUAGAAGAUUCAACCGAUCACACAUCCUGCUGGUUUGAGGGGAAGACUGCGACGUGUUACCCAAAACAACAGGAAGUGGUUGACAACGUGAGGUGGAAGUGCAUGUAGCAUGGUGCUUUUUUUUGGAGCUUUCUGCUGGUUAUAACUGGACUGGAAAAAGAUGAUGAGGAUGGUGAUAAAGAUGAAAUAAACAGCAAUCCAUCUCCAGGAAACUGUACAUAGUACAAGUGUCUCCCAGGCAUCAACUCCUCCCCUUUUUUGUACAGUAGAGUUGACCAGGCAGCGUGGUGGUGACGGUUUGAUGUGUUCAUACUAGUGUUUGAUCAGAGUUCUAUUCAUUGUGCCUUGUAUAUGUAUGUGUGUGUCUCUGUAAGCCUGAAUGAGUGUGUGUUAGAGACGGACUGGAGCUCCCCAAGGUCCAGUUUAGGAGAGGAGGUCGUUAAGGAGUGGGAGGAUGGGCACAAGUUGUUUAAAGAUAUUCUGAAUGUACAUAAACAAAUGGAAGCUCUUGUUGCGUGAUGCCACAGAGUCUGUGUAUAUAGGAGGGCUCUGCAAUAGAUUCCUUUCAGUUUUUGGUACUCUU